GCAAAGCCCUACAGAGCCUAUGGAUCGACUGUUAAGGAGAACAUCCCUCCCAAGUCUGUAACACACGGGAAAGAGGAGAGUUGCAGCGUGGGUCUACCUCUUGGUGUAGAGUAUGAGAGGAAGAAACAGAGGCUGCAGCAUGAGCUCCGCAUGGACUACAGGCGCUACAUGGCUCAGAAAAAACACUUUGCAGAGCCUGGAGCAUUAAUUCACCUUGACAACAGGAGGUCUGUUAAGCACCUGCUUGAAGACCAGGCAGAUUUUCUUCCCAAACAGCGACCCGCCUCACACAGGGAUGCAGCCACUCUAACAGAGGACAGUCGGGCGCUGCACAGGCCUCUGCGCCUCGCUGAAGUCAGGACCCUGUACCCUGAGGACGAGGAGCAGUCGUCGGUACUUCCCAGGCAUCGUGACAGGCUGGGGAGGCCAGUGGACCAGGAGUCAGAGGAAGAGGAGGAAUACUUCAAGGAGCUGGAGCUGAUGGAAGGCAGAAGGCACAGACAUACUGGGGUUGAAGCCACUUAUGAGAAGAGACGAUCCAAUAGGACUGAUGGCAGGGAGAAUAGGGAGAAUCUAGUAGGUGUUGCCCGGGAAGGCAGAAGAAGAGCACUGACCAAAAAUGAGGAUGCUGAGUUUGCAACUGGCCUCAUAAUAGGAACAGCCGAUACAGAAGAUUCCUUACAGAGGAGGAAGGAGCGCUACAGACUGGAGCUGCAGGAACAGAUAGCUGAACAGCACAGGAACAAGAAGCGGGAGAAAGAUUUGGAGCUGAAAGUUGCUGCAACGGGGGCAAAUGAUCCUGAGAAACAGCCGGACCGAAUCAGGCAGUUUGGACUGUGCAGGAGAAAAGACCAUCGGGUCUUGGAGCCUUCAGCAACCGGAGAGAGUGAAACAUCAUCCAGAAGUCUACCUAAUAACGAGAAGAUGGGUGUUAGAGACCGAGAGAUUCCUCCUCCUGAGCAGCCCCAUGUGGCCUUCCAGUCUCCUCUACUGGAGUACAGCUCUGCCCUCGGGGGAGGUGGUCUGUCCCCCAACAGCCAGCCUGUUGCCCCCUCCUUCCCCAGAGCCAUGGACACUCCCAGAAUCCCCUUAUUCCAUCCUCAUCCGCCUCCUACUCUCAGUGAAGCCUACAGGAGCCCAUAUGGAGAGCCACAUCACUACUACGGCACCAGAAACCUGCUUGACCCAAACAUGGCCUACUAUGGUCACUUGCCUGUUCUUGGUGCUGGCCCUCCCUUGUCCUACUGGAAUGUACCACCGGGGGGAGCUGUGCCCAGCCAGUUUGGUAACCACAGUCCUCACAGCCAGCACAGUGGAAGCAGCUUCCCAGAGCCUCCAUCACAGCCUAGCAAUGAGGCUGCUACUGUGGACUCACAAGUCAGGGUUUUCCCUUCAGAGAGAUCCAGAUCAGCCAGGGAGAGGAUUAUGAGCUAUAGGGAAGCUCUGAAACAACAGAUCCAGGAGCAGCAGGAACGGAAGCUCCUGGAGAGGGAGGAGACGGAGCGAUACGAGGCCCAGUUGGAGGCUGACAUGAAGAACCACCAGCCCUGGGGUCGAGGUGGAGGCGGAGCCCCACUCAGAGAUAGCACUGGAAAUCUUAUUGCUGACCUUAACCAGAUGCACAAGCUGAAUGAGGAGGCCUACAGCAACCCGGAGCAGUGGCAGAGGAAGGCCACGGCCGCCAUGACGGCCCGCCGGGCAGAGCUCCCUGACCCGAACGAGAGGGUCUCUGGUACUGUAGCAGAGCGCAGUAUCCAUGACAGUAGUGACAGUCUCUCUGGUUUCACCCAUGUCCAAACCCCCCAGUUUGCCAGAGGCAAUGUGUUUACCAACCAGCCCACCCAACAGCACCUCCAGGAGCAGGACAAGUACAAAGCUUACCUCAAACAGCAGAUUGACGAGAAAAUGCGUAAAAAGGCAGAGGAGAGGGAACGGAUAAGACUGGAGGAGGAAAAAGAGGAGAAGAGGCUAGCGGAGCAGAGGGCUCUCAUCCAGAGGGAGUAUGAGGAAGAACAAGAGAGGAAGAAACGAAAGGAAAUUGAGCAAAAAGCCAAGAAUGAAGAGCUGAUUCAUCUGGCUGAACAGAGGAAGAAGGAAGCCGAGAGGAAGAAGAAUGAAGCAGAAGAGAAGGAGAACGCAGUACUGAGGAGGCAGUAUGAGAGGGAGAGGCAGGCUCGGGUGGAGGAGGUCCGCAGGGAACCGUCGCCUCCAAUCCCCGCUCUGCAGAAGAAACAUGGGCUACACCAGUACAGCCCCAGGCCCCCCACAGUGGACAGCCAGCAUUCGACUGCCCCCCUGUCUGAGCGCUCUUUGUCUGGUCUCCAGUCCCCUCCUGUGCCUGCUCGUAGGAAUCAGCUCCGAGCUGCAGCAGGUGACCAGCAUGAUGUGUUCAGUGAGCUGUCAGCGUUGCGUCGGCAGCUUCGCAGUGAACAGAAACGCCUGGAGGGUCGUCUGCAGCAGGGCGACUGGGAAGAGUUAGACUCUCCUCUGAGUGACAGACAUAGGGAGCGUCCCCCGGUAGACGUGUUUGAUAUGGCCAGGCUGCGGCUCCAGGCUCCCGUACGAAGGCCAAACUCCAGAAACAUGGAGCCCAGAAACCUGCUGCGAAUCCACGACUCCCUUCAGCUCAAGUACACAGAUGGUGAGUCCAGGCUGGGCUUCAGUGACGUCCAGAAGCCGGAAGAGGCAAGCAGCAGCAAGAGGAGGUGGGACUACAGGGAUCCAUAUCAGCAGUUCAGCAGCCAGAGGUCUACAGUCCAGGAUGAUUAUUUCGACCUGUCCCCGCCACAGCAAAAUGAUUAUCUGAGGAGUGUGAUGGGGGGGUCUGCAAGAGGUUCUUUGCUGGAGUCGGAGAGCGCUUUUAUCGACCCCCUAGGUGAUGCCUUUCCAGUGCCGCGGACCCCAGAGAUCGAGAAAACCCCUCAGCUCUCAGCCAGGGAGAGGAGGAGGCUGGCCAAACAGUCACAGCGCCCCCAGGAUCGAGCCGCUUCCAGCCAGCCCUUUGGCCAACGGGAUGACUACACAGGUGACAGGCUGCAGCAGGAAGAAGAGCCCAGCGGUGAGGAGAGGAGCCGGUACAGGACAGGUCGUCUGAUGGCUCUCAGUCGUCGUGGCAACACAGCCGGACCUGAGGAUCUGUCUGACGAAGACUCCUCCCCUCCCCGAUUCUCUCUUCACAAUCUUAACCAUCAAAGCUCUGUAGAAACUGUCGCCACGAAUCCCUGGAUGCGGCCGGGAACAUCCGACACUCUGAAAUGUUUGGACCGACCAUCAAGAAGGGAGCGGCUGAAGACUUAGCACUGCGUCCCCCGAGACUGGGAGCUGCCUUCCUCUUCUGACAGCUAGUCUUAACCCAGGCACCCCUCUGUCUUUGAAUCAUGAGAUUAUGGUUGCUUGUGACUCAUGGGUUUUGUGAAGGAUAAAUACGUCCAUUUGAAUGUCUGAUCAUUAUGUGUGUGAACUUUUUGUUAAGUCCUCGUUUACAUAAGAGAACAUCAGGAUAUUAUCGCAGUGAGAAUUUGCAUGUUGUUUAUGUUUAUUUACUAUUUUAUUAAUGAAUAAAUUAUGUUUUAAAUAAAUUAUAUUUUAAUUAUA